AUGCCCAUAGAAACAUGGACACAGCCCCCCAAGAGGACACACAGCCCCCCAGCGGACACAGCCCCCCAGUGGACACACAGCCCCCCAGUGGACACACAGCCCCCCAGCGGACACACAGCCCCCCAGUGGACACACAGCCCCCAGUGGACACACAGCCCCCCAGCGGACACACAGCCCCCCAGCGGACACACAGCCCCAGCGGACACACAGCCCCUCCCCAGCGGACACACAGCCCCUCCCCAGCGGACACACAGCCCCUCCCCAGCGGACACACAGCCCCCCCCCAGAGGACACACAGCCCCACCCCAGAGGACACACAGCCCCACCCCCAGAGGACACACAGCCCCACCCCCAGAGGACACACAGCCCCACCCCCAGAGGACACACAGCCCCCCAGAGGACACACAGCCCCCCAGUGGACACACAGCCCCCAGUGGACACACAGCCCCUCCCCAGUGGACACACAGCCCCCUCCCCAGUGGACACAGCCCCACCCCAGAGGACACACAGCCCCACCCCCAGAGGACACACAGCCCCACCCCAGUGGACACACAGCCCCCCCCAGAGGACACACAGCCCCACCCCCAGAGGACACACAGCCCCACCCCAGUGGACACACAGCCCCACCCCAGUGGACACACAGCCCCACCCCAGUGGACACACAGCCCCUCCCCAGUGGACACAGCCCUCCCCCCAGUGGACACACAGCCCCACCCCCAGAGGGACACACAGCCCCACCCCCAGAGGACACACAGCCCCACCCCAGUGGACACACAGCCCCCCAGCGGACACACAGCAGCCCCCCCCAGCGGACACACAGCCCGUCAAGAGUUUUUUUAA